AUGGCCCUCACGCGUGUGGCCAUCAUUGGACUGAGCAGCAGCACCGCCAACUCCUGGUCCAGCUUCGCCCACCUUCCAUACCUCCUCUCGCCCCAGGGCCGCUUACGGUACAGCAUAGCCGCCCUUUGCAACUCGAGCGUCAGUGCUGCCCGGAAUGCCAUCAAAAAGUACAAUCUCGACCCUGCCACCAAGGCCUAUGGCAGUCCAGAAGAUCUCGCCAAGGACAAGGACAUUGACCUUAUCGUCUGCUGCACGAGGGUCGACAAACACUACGACACAAUCCUGCCCAGUGUCAAGGCGGGCCAGAAUGUCUUUGUAGAGUGGCCUCUCGCGAAUGGCCUGACCGAGGUGGAAGACCUCGUCGAACAGGCGAAGAAGAGUGGCAGUCGCACCAUCAUUGGUCUGCAGUCCCGAUACGCUCCUAUCGUUCACAAGGUGCGAGAGCUGCUGUCGCAGGGCAGGGUUGGCAAGCUUGUGAGCAGCGAGGUGCUAAGUGAUGGGGGCGAGACGUUCUAUCGCAGCCACGUUGCCCCCAAGAUGCUCUAUCUGACUGAUCUGUCCCUUGGAGGGAAUUUCUUCCACAUUGGCUUGGGUCAUUUGCUCGACGAGGUUGAGUUUGUCCUUGGAGACAUCCAAGACGUUCGCUCACGUCUGCAUACGCAGCACCCCACCGUCGAGGUGCGCGAUCGGCAGACAAGGAAGGUCCUUGACACGGUGCAGACAAACGUGCCUGAUCUCAUUCUGCUGAACGGGACACUAUCGCCAUCAGAUUUUGUCAACCAAGGUGCCACUGUUCACGUGCGCUUCCGUAGCGGGAACCCGUUUCCAGGCGAACCCAGUCUGACAUGGCUCUUUACGGGUGACAAGGGUGAGAUCCUCAUACGAGCGGAGAAAGACUCAACGCUUGGCCAGUUUGCCUACGACGGCCCCGUCACGGUCCAGGUACGAGACUUUGCGACAAACAAGGUCGAGGAGGUGGCGUGGGAGUGGGAAGGAUGGCAGAAGGAGUUGCCCAUGCCCGCAUGGAACGUGGGCGCCGGGUACGAGGCUUAUGCUAAGGGCGACGACAUCCCAAGCUUCGACGUGGCGCUCAAGAGGCACCAGGAGCUGGACGCGAUCUUGGCCAACUGGGAGGGAGGCAAGAAUAGAUCCCUGUAG